AUGGCCGCUAGAAUCAUUCCGAUCACUAUUCAACGACCUAACGAUGUAUCAAGCAACGUCAGCGAGAAGUCAGCUUCGCCUCCGGCCCAGGCGUCGUCCACUUCGUCAGAGAUGUCUGCCAACUCGCGACCUGUACCUCUGUCACUGAUACGAAAUCGAAGCAUUGACGAUUUCAACGAGCAAGUUGUGAAUAUGCUUGACGAGGUCGAAAAAAGAGUUGAACAGUUGAGAGAGGCUGCUUCGAUGCUUGAACAAGAGAAGGAGCAGAUCCUGGAUAUGCUAAACAGUGUUAGCCUAAAUACAGAGUUGCUUAGGCUUGGUCAGGGUGAUCGCGAAGACAUCAAUGCUAUAACAAAUCGGCUUGCAGCUAGAACAAAGACGGUGGACGUAACAGUAAACACACCCAGAAGCGCUGAGCAGGAACGUGCCCUCUCCUCCGUUAACCAUCUUAUUGAUGGUGUUGUCGAGAAACUGCAAGAAGAUAUGCAAGCAGGAAAAGAUGUGGGUUCUCUUUGUGAGACAUGCCGCCGUUAUCUAAAUGCCUGUAAUCCCGACCAGCCAGAUGGACCAAUUGACCAGAGAUUCCAGGCACAGUUGAUCGAAUGUACCGCAGAUGACCAGAAGAAAAUCCGCCGAAAGCUUGCCCAACUCAUUUCUCAUUUCGAACGCGCUGAGCGCACUUUUUCACCACAAUGGUGA